CAAAAAGAUGUCCUUGCUGUAGUCGGGGCAUUUAUUUAAACGCAAGCCUGUAUACCCUCUCUGCACCUUCAAUCGCCCUCCUGCACCCAAGAGAUACCCACCAUGUCGUCCCUUCCCCCCGUUUACAUUGUCUCGGCUGCCCGUACGCCCACGGGCGCGUUUUUGGGCUCCCUCUCGAGCCUGAGUGCAGUCCAGCUGGGCUCUCACGCCAUCAAGGCUGCUGUUGAGCGCGCUGGCAUCAAGCCCACCGACGUCGAGGAAGUCUUCGUUGGCAAUGUCCUCUCAGCAAACCUCGGCCAGAAUCCCGCCCGUCAGUGUGCCCUUGGCGCUGGCCUCCCCGAGUCGACAGUCGCAACCACCAUCAACAAGGUGUGCGCCUCGUCCAUCAAGGCCCUCAUUGUCGGCGCGCAGACCAUCAUAACCGGCAAUGCCGACAUUGUCGUCGCAGGCGGAACCGAGAGCAUGUCCAACACUCCCCACUACCUCCCCAACAUGAGGACAGGCGCCAAGUUUGGAGACCAAUCGCUGGUCGACGGUGUGCUGAAGGAUGGUCUGACCGACGCAUACAAGAAGGAGCACAUGGGUCUGCAGGGCGAGGAGUGCGCCGAUGACCACGGCUUCUCCCGUGAGCAACAGGAUGACUACUGCAUCCGCUCCUACAAGAAGGCCAUUGCCGCGCACGAGGCUGGCCUAUUCAAGGAGGAGAUCGCCCCCAUCGAGGUUCCCGUAGGACGUGGCAAGCCUCCGGUCGUUGUAGACCGUGACGACGAGCCCAAGAACUUCAACGAGGCAAAGACGCGCACAUUGAGGCCUUCAUUCAAGCCCGGAAACGGAACCGUCACCGCUGCCAACGCCUCACCGCUCAACGAUGGCGCUGCUGCUCUCGUCCUGGCCUCUGAGGAGGCUGUCAAGAAGCACGGCCUCAAGCCCAUUGCUAAGAUCCUCGGCUGGGGUGACGCUGAGCAGAACCCCUCCAAGUUCACCACCGCCCCUGCGCUCGCCAUGCCCAAGGCUCUGAAGCACGCAAAGGUGGAGCUCUCCGCUGUCGACGCUUUCGAGAUCAACGAGGCCUUCAGUGUCGUUGCCCUCGCCAACAUGAAGAUCCUUGGUAUUGAAGAAGACAAGGUCAACCUGCACGGUGGUGCCGUCGCCAUCGGCCACGCGCUUGGUGCUUCCGGUGCCAGGAUCACAACUACACUGCUCGGUGUACUAAAGGAGAAGAAGGGCAAGAUUGGCUGUGCCGGAAUCUGCAACGGUGGCGGUGGUGCUUCUGCCAUUGUAGUCGAGUCGCUGCAGUAGUUGUCCCAUUACAUUAAUAACGACGCGUAAUACCAGAUAUGAAUGAAGAUAGUUACACGUACACCGCGGGCCAGAUCUCUGCACCCCUCCUGGAACAAGCAUAUAUAUCUCCAGAAUUGUGUCGAUCGUCUCGAACGACUCAUUGGCCGAGUAGUUGGUUUCAGACUGGUGGAACACUG